GUGGAUCAGGCGGUUCAGCUGGACCAGGUGGAUCAGAAGCUACAGGAGGGGGCUCGGGGGUCUCGAGCAGUUCAGUCCUGAUCACAUCUAGCAGGUCCCUUCAGAGUGGAUCUGGAUCUAAGACCUCUGGGAGCGUCAGCAUCACCUCAGGGUCCUCCUCAGGUGGGGUCUUUGUCUCAUCGGGGGCCUCAGGUGCAGCAGGGGGGUCCACAGAGUCUGGCAGGGGACCCUCAGGUAUGUCCUACAGUUUUGGAAGCAGCGGUAAAGAAGGAAAAAGAGACGGGGGUCUCGGUGCCGUGACCGUCUCCAGAGUGACCAAGACCAGCUCAACGUCAGGAGGGUCUGAGACGAAGAGAGGUUCGUCGUUGUCGUCUCCUUAUUCGCCUCCUUCCAAGGAGAGGAAAAGUCUGACCACCAUGGCAGCAGCUCUGUCGGAGGUCUUUGAUGAAAGUUCGAGCACAAACUCCUCUCCAGAGUACAACAGGAAAGAAUAUGGUGGAUCAAGUGUAAUCUCAAGUUCUGUCACUAGAGGGAGAACUCACAGCAGAGAGAGUGAGAUCAGAGCCAGGCUUCAGAGUGCUUCACCUCCUGCCAGAUGGACAGAGUUGGAUGACGUGAAGCGCCUGCUGAGGGGGAACCGCUCCACCAGCACCAGCGUCAGCCCGACCCAGUCCCCCAACAACACCCUGCCCAUCCCCAGGAAGGCCAGCGUGGAAACCAGGGCCGCACCMGAGGCCCCCGCAGAGCCRUACGGCAGCGUUUGGCACGGAGAUGUGGGCAGUGGAUAUGGGUACAACACCAACCCCAACAACUACUCCACAACCUCCACSCUUUACCAGCCAGGAGUUCAGAACAACCGGACUCUUGGUUCUCCUGCUAUGAACUCUGGACUUUCUGCCAGCGGCUCCGCUCCGGUGUACGGCGUGCAGAAUAACCUGACCGGUCCAACGGUCCUUGCCCCGACUGGACCCAGUGCCCAGAUAGUUUAUGGAGUUCAGAAGAACGUCUCUGGACUGAGCCCGACCACAGUGAGACCCAGCAGUCCCACCAACUACGAGGCCUCGGGAAAAGACUUUAACUUUGUGCUGAUAGAGAAGGAAAACGCUCCCAUCAAGAAGGAAACGGAGCGGCUCGUCAUGGCCAAAGACUCUGGGAAACAGUUUGUGUCCGCCGCACCUUUCACAGGAACUUACUCAGAGGACUCACUGAAGAGGGAAAAACAGAAACUUUCAUCGUCUGAGGAAGGAACUGAUGUAAAAUCUUCGAGCCUGAAAGCUGGGACUAAAGACAAAGCGACGUACGCAGAGAUCCGUAAAGACGAGUCUGGUUUUGGGUUCUGCUCCUGCUGCACCUGGUGGAAGUGGCUCCUGGCCCUCCUGCUCAGCCUGCUGCUCCUCUUCGGUGUCCUCUUCGGACUCAUCGCUUUGGGUGAGGAGGUGAGACGCCUGAAGGACCGCGUUGAGGCCCUGGAGGCCAUCACUGGGACCACAUCCGCAAGGACCAGCCGUCUGUCGGCCUCCUCCGGCGUCAACAUUAUCGACCCGUUGGACUCGGAGUUCAGCGACYGGAGCGCCACCAUCACUCGCUCAGAUAAUUCCAUCAACCUAGGAGCUGYUGGUCCAGGAGGAGGUGCAGGGACUGGGCCGGGUCAGGACAGCACCACCCUGCAGAGAACUGUCCAGCAACUGGUCAGGRCUGAACUCCAGUCCGGUUCUGUUCGAGAUACACUGGUUUAUUCUCUGAAAGGCGAGAGGGGACCACCGGGUCCAAAAGGUGAUUCUGGAUCACUUGGACCAAAAGGUGAGAGUGGAUUCCCCGGGCUGCCAGGUCCUCCUGGGCAGAUUGGACACCCUGGACCAGAUGGGUUGAGGGGACCGAAGGGAAAUCCAGGUGAACCAGGUCCAGAGGGUCUGCCAGGUCAGAGGGGCCGGGAGGGACCAAUGGGUCCUCGAGGAGAAACUGGACUUCCUGGUUUAGGAGAGAAGGGAGAUAAAGGAUCUCAAGGUGAGACAGGACGUCCUGGUCCUGUUGGUUCUCCUGGACCAAUAGGUCCAAAAGGUGCUGCAGGAGAGCACGGAGCUCCAGGAACCCCUG